ACCGGAAGUACCUCGGAAACUUGUCUAUAGCGUUUCUCAGAUCCAUUUGACCAAUGAAUAUUUAAAAGUCACUCACGCAUCGACCCUUCCAAAGAAGAGUGCGUGCAAAUGGUUGUUCGUCUCGGUGUGCCCUGCGAUUGGCUGGCUGGUGACCAAUUCAGGGUGUACCCCGCCUACUGCCCGUAGUUUGCGGGGAUUGGCUCCAGCGGCCCCGUGACCCUCGUGAGGAUAAGCGGCUCGGAAAACGAAUGAAUGAAAUGUGAUGCAGGUGACGGCUUCGAAUGAGCGAGAUUCGAUCGACGUCCCGUCCCUUUUGAUUGCCGCAUGAGCGGGCCGUCGUUUACUUCGCCCCCCGCCGCCGAGGCGGAGGAGAUGAGCCGUAUCCACUACGAGAUGGCGUAUACGGAGGACAUCAGUCAGCGGAUGCGCAUCCCGGAGACCCUCAAGGUGGCCGCCGCCGCCGCCGCUUGUGUUCAACAGCAGCAGCAGCAGCAGCCGCCCCCGCACGCUCAUUCCGCUCUGAUGCAGGUGCCCGAGAGAAUUGUUGUCGCAGCGGCCGACGGGGACCCCCGACUGUCGUGUCCCAGAGACUUGGAUUUAAUUCAGUCCGUUCCGGCCACCGCCGAGCUCCUCGACAUGAAGGCCCCGCCGCGCGUUCUGACGCUGUCCCGGCAGCCGCUGGACUCCCUGGAAACCCGGCAAAUAAGCAAGAGCGACCCCGCUCACGCGGCUCCCUCUCGAUCCGGAAGGGAACGGGGUGCCGGGGAGAUGGCUUCCGCUCGCCAUAGCGGUCAGGUGAUUAGAGGGGACGUCAGUGUAACCCCCUCACCUUCUGCCCCCCUGGUCCGCAUGUGCCCCCCGCUGUGCUCCCCCGAGGACGCCGACGUCAACCUGAUGACGGCGGCGGGCUUCCUGACUUACGUCCGGUCCGCCACGCGGCGGGCCUACCGGCAGUUUCUCCAGGUCUUGGACGACAGCCAGCGACGGUCGCACCCGGACCUGGCCUCGGACGUCACCCCGGAUGAGUUUGGCUUAGCGGACGCCUCCUCGCUACGACGGCAAAUCGUGAAGCUGAACCGCCGUCUGCAGAUGCUGGAGGAAGAAAACAAGGAACGCUCCAGGCGAGAAGUGCUCCUGUAUUCCGCUACCGUUGCUUUCUGGCUAUUUAACACCUGGGUUUGGUUCCGCCGCUGAAAACUAAAAAGGGAUGGCUUCUUUUUCUCCACGUGGCAGACAAAUACGCUGCCGAUGCCCGAGUAGGAGCGACAAACUCAUUUGGAGCCAUUGAAGGAGACGGAGGUCCCGUCUCCCAGUCGCCGUCAAUGGCGGGGAAUGAGUUUGGUAACACAUUAUUAAAAAAGAAAUCAGUGUAAAAUUUAAAAUUGGUGUAAAAAAAAAAAAAUGUUCUUGCACUUUAGGGUCGUUUUUGUUCAUGAACAUUUAGUCAAGUGGAUGUGAUGUAAAUGGUUUUCUUCAAAAACGUGACAGUGGCAAGAGAAAAAACAAAAAACAACCACCUAGAAUUGUCGUUUCUUUGAGGCUGUUACGGAAAAUAUAUAUUGAAGUCUGUAUUUAUUGUGAGAAUGCAGAUCAGAUAAGGUUGAGAGUAGAUUGGUUUCAUUUUGCGGGUGGCUCUUUGUGAAACCUCAAAGCACUUUUUUUUUUUUUUUUUUGCUU